AUGGAGAUUAGGACUUUUUUCGAGUUGGUAAACAAAAGCAGAGUUACGAAAGAGUGUGUGAAGAAGGCAUCUGUAGAGAGAGGAAGCCAGAGGGGGUCACUUUCACUUAAUCGAGGGAAGAGUUUUACUCCUAGAGGCCCGCCUUUCAUGCGGGGAGGUUUUGUACCACAGAGGACUCAGGGUCAGAACAGCUUCAGAAGGCCCAACAACAACAACAACAAUGCUUCAGGGAGAAGAUUUGGGAAGCAACCUUUGAAUGAGCAAGCUUGCACUAGAUGUGGGAAUUACCAUCCUGGUGUCCAUGUAAGGCUGUUGGGAGCAUUGCAUUCAUUCAUUGAAUUUGAGAAGGCUAGUGAGUUAGAGUUGAAGAUCGUAACGUUAGGUUAUGACCUGAAGGUGUAUAAUGCCACCCAUGAAGCCAUGGUAACUAGGCUUGGAUGUCCGCAAGUUUCCUUUAGGGUCAAGCAGCGUGACUUUGUACACAAUUUAGUCUGUUUGCCGAUGGUAGGUCUUGAUCUUAUCUUGGGGUUGGACUGGUUGUCCAAGAACCACGUUCUACUCGACUAUUCUGCAAAAUUAGUGUACUUCAUAUCGGAAGAUACAGAAGGGCCGAUUGUGGUAAAUAACUAUUACUUGAAUUCCAUGAUAGUGAAUUGUUCGGGGGCUAAAUGUCAAGGCAUUCUAUUGUUAACCGCAGGCGUCUCGAGUGAUGAUCAAAACUUAGAACAGAUUCCGGUUGUAUGUGAGUUUCCUGAAGUAUUUCCUGAUGACACUGAGGAGUUUCCGCCUCAUUGA